AUGUCAGCUACUGCAGCCCCGAGCACACGUCGCUCGCCAGCGCUCUCAUAUCUCGGUCUCCAGGACAAUUAUGAGCCGUCGCCAGACAGCGAGCCUGUCGAGUUUCUCACUAAACAUCUUCACCAGCUCCCAUCCCACCUCCUGUCCUACUUCUCGUCCAUCACGACACCGAAGCAGCGUUCCGUUAUUCCGGCCAUACGAAAUAGACGGCUUCGCUACACAAGCACUGACCCGCCAGAGCUGCGCCUCGCUGCUGCCAAGUCCACCUGGCCGACUUUGUGGCCCGGGCGGGAGCCGCCAGGACGCGCACAGGCCGAGGACGAGCGAGCGUGGGCAGAGAAUUUCUUCAUGGGCAGUCUAAAACCGCAUAUAGGAAAGCUAGGCAUGCUACUGGGUGGUUAUGAAGAGGAGCGUGAGUCCGAACGUGUGCGGAAGAUACGGAGAGCACAAGCGGAGGAAAUCGACUCUAUGCCCGAAGAAGACGAGGGCUCAGAUGAAGAGGAAGAGGAGGUCCUUCCACCAGAAGAUGAUGAGUCGCCAGACGACACACAAGCAUGGUUCCUGCGCAGAAUCAGAGAGCGUUUCAUCUACGGACUGCUCGAGGCGAUUGACUACGACAAGGUCGACUGGGACGAUGUAUGGGACAUUGAUAAUGAUCGAGAUGCAGAGGAGCGAUGGUUUGAUGACGAGGAGGAAAGUAGCGAAGCGCCUCCCAGUCUGUCUGAGUAAUCCACGAAGCGGGCUAUCGGUCUUUUAUCACGAGGUAUACACAUCCUCUCGCGUCUUAUAUGCCGAGGGCGGCA